AUGGCUGAGGAUCACCCAGAGGGAAGGCUACUAGGAGAUCAUAAGGCCACCAAGGCCAUCCUGCAGUUCCUAGCAGACACAACGGUUGGAUGCCCCUUAGGGGAAGCAGCUCGAGCAGCCGAGAGGACACGGAAGGAUGAUGAAUGGGGGCUGGCAGCCCUAGAGGAGGCAGAACACAUACAUAUUACAUCAAGGCCAGGCAGGCCUCAGGCUCAAGAAUACCACCAACACGAACUGAGGCUGGACUGCUGGAUCAUGGAUGAGCGAAAAUCCCGACUAAUGCAACAGCGAUCCUCCUAG